GAGCUUAAUGUACGUCAAGUGACAUUAUCUACUAAUAAAGAUAAAUAUGGAGUCCGGCUGAGAGCGGAACCAGAUCACAUGGUGCUGGGGAAACGCUUAAAAGGUGCAUUUAAGCUUGUCAUGGCUGCAAUCAGAGAGCUGAAGAGUGAGCAGCUGGAGGAAUUCCAGGAGACAGGCACCAUUGUUGUAGAAGGGCACGAACUCCAUGCGGAAGAUCUUCGUCUCAUGUAUACCUUUGAUCAGGUUGCAGGAGGAUCUGCUCAGUUUGAGGCACAUUCUGAUGCUCAGGUUUUAGUUCUGCUAGAUGUUACACCAGACCAGUCCAUGGUGGAUGAAGGAGUUGCCCGGGAAGUGAUUAAUCGCAUCCAGAAGCUUCGCAAAAAGCGAAACCUGGUUCCUACCGAUGAGAUUACAGUGUACUACAGAUCAGAAGGAGACUACCUGGAUACUGUUAUUAAGAAACACACCGAUUUCAUUUUUGCAACAAUAAAAGCUGCCCUGAAGCCUUACCCGGUGCCUACCUCAAAAGAAGUUUUCAUCCAGGAAACAACCCAACUGAAGGGAUCCGAGCUAGAAAUUACGCUUGUCAAAGGUGGUUUGUGUCAGUGUGUUGGUCCAGCCUGUGCCUACGUCAACCUCAAAGUUUGUGUUAACGGGACAGAGCAAGGUGGUGUGUUGCUGCUGGAAAAUCCAAAAGGAGAUAAUACUUUGAACUUCACUGGACUUGUAGAUGCUGUCUCCUGCAUUUUUGGUCUUAAAAAUUCAAAACUGUCAAUUUUUAAUGGAAAAACAGAACUGAUAAACAAAACUGACUUGCUUAGUCUCAGCGGAAAGACUCUCCAUGUGACAACAGGGUCAGCACCUGCUCCAAUCAGCUCUCCUGACGCUCUCCUCUGCCAGUACAUCAACCUGCAGUUAAUGAAUGCAGAACCACAAGAAUGUCAGAAAGGAACAGUGGGAACUCUUCUAAUGGAGAACCCCGUUGGUCAGAACGGGUUAACGUACCAAGGUCUUCUACAUGAGACGGCAAAAGUUUUUGGGCUUAGAAGCAGGAGGCUAAAAUUGUUCCUGGAUGAAGCACAAACUCAGGAGAUCACAAAGGACAUCUCCAUGAAGAACCUGAACAUGAAGACUCUGUAUGUUCGUGUUAUACCCACCACAGCUGAAUGUUGAGAAUUCCAUUUUUAUGAAUAAGACCAUGUAGACUUUUUUCCACAAAAAGUGAAGUCAAAUUAAAUUAGUAAGCUUUUAGAUUAACAUCCAAGUUGUGUAUGGUACUUUUAACAUCUCAGAUUGCACACAGGAUGUUUUCUACCAGUGCAUGUCCACUAUGCUGCUCUUUGGUUUCAAAUACAAUGUAUUUUCAUUAUGUUACCUUAUGAUACUGUAAAAGCUGGUCAGAAAAAAGUCAGAAGUCCUUAACCUUAGAUAUCUAUGCAGUAAUUUGCCUGAAAGAAAUGGGACUAGUACCUCAGUGAUGCUGUUCUCUGCCUGUCCUUUAUGCAGAGGGCAUCUUGGAUUUUCCGAACUAUGGGUUGGUUACCUACAAGGCUCUAUGAUACAUGUGCCAUGUUACAAUAGCUUUGAAACUUGUUCAAGGGUUAGCUGGAUCCCUUCAUUCAUACUAGCUGGAUUUUCAUGAAGUAUGUGGCUGAUUUAAAAUACUCCCUGAUUUCAACGCUUGGAACAAUAAAUUUGCUUCAUCUCCAAA